GUUAGGCUUAAUAUUCCAAGGGCACAUUCUACUUACUCUGCGCCGUUGUGCACCAGAAAAUCUAGAUAUUCCGUACUGGUUUUCAGAAACAAAACUUGCUUAUUGAAAAAUUUUGUUCAGUAUAUUGUAAAACUGAAUGAGAACAAACUCGAUAAUAAUGCAUAUGACGCUUUUUGCAACGCGCUAGUGCAAAUAGUUAUAUAG